GGCAGACCACAUGGUUUGCUUUUUAAAAGUCAUUUGAUGAAUGAAUUAGAAAUUUUAGUAAAUAUAUUUUAUCCAAUUUAUUUUUUUAAGUUUUCCGACUGUACUUACUACAAAUUACUGUUAACUUUUUCAAGAUUAAAAUAACAUGAUAUCUAAUAAUGCUUGUGCAGUGAGUUAAAAACUGGGGAUUUUUUCCCAAGAGAUAAAGGGGCAUUGAUAGUUCUAAGACUAUCAGUUUUCCAAAUCUCAGUUUUCAUAUGUGCUUUUCUUAAAAUAAAUCUGCCUUUGGUUGAAGUUUCCUCCCAUUUUUCAAAGGAGAGACAUACUUCUCAUGUGUCUCAAAUUUUACUAUGGUAUACUGCUUCAGGUUGUAAAAAUCUACUAAGUACCAGCAAAAGAGAACAUUUUAAAAUGUUGAAGUCACUGGUAUUGAGAAUGUGAAUCACUAUAAUGACUGCGAACAAAUCUCUUGUAUACCAGGUUGUUUCCAGUUUUUGGUUUCAACAAAAUGGAAAGAGGAUCUAAUUAAGAAGUUAGUUAAUGAGAACAUUAAGCAUAACUUUUGAGGAUAGAUUACUAUGUGACUUUUGCAUGUAAUGAGGUUGAUGUGUAAAGAACUGAGUAACAUUGCAGUCACAAAACCUUUUCUCUUUCCAUCUCUUGUCAGCAAGAUUUCUCAACUCAUACAGCUGUAAAAAUUCAAAAUAGUAAGAGAAUUAAACGCUUCCUUCUAGUAAUAGAAAGUAUCCACUAAUAGAUGAACUAAUUAAAAAAUCAAUUACUAUUUCAAAGAGGAAAGAAAGUAUUCUAAAGGAACAAUUUUGUAAGUUAGCGUGGGACAUUAUGGUGAUUAGCAAAUAAACAUUUUUCCUUUAACAUUUUAUGAAAAUUUUCAAAUAUAUACAAAAUAGAAUAGUAUAACCAGCCCCCAUGUACCCAUUCCUGGCUUCAAUUUUUAUAACAUCUGUUCCUCUACCCCUCUGCACCCCACUACUGGAUAAUGAUGAUGGUUUUUUUACAGAUUGCUUUUUGCUUUUGGAGGGGAGAAUUUACUCUAGUUUAUUUUGUAUGUGUAUGUGUGUUUUUUUCUAACAUCUUUGCAGAUAAACUUUAUACUGUAACUUUUUCAAAAUUAAAAUAACAUGACAUCUUAUAAUUAUUAGAUCCUAUAUAUAUCCCUGGGGUACUUUCCAAGACAUACAGGGGCAAAUAUAUUUUGUUGACUUAAGUUAAAUGCUAUUUCCAGGGUAGAUAGUAAGGACAAACAUUAAUCGAGUGCUUUUACAUUUAAAUGAGGAAGUUUUGGGGAGAGAUUUUCUUGAGUCAACACAAUCAUCCAAAUAUUUUAUUUUGCCUGUUUAUAUAAUCUGCCUAGGACAUUUCAAGUAGCUUACCCAAAAGGCUGUAGAAUGAUAGCCCAUUGGUAAAUAUCAGUUGUUUCUUAAAAAUAGCAUAGGAGCAAAACUUAAUUGUACUUGAAUUUAGUAAGCUACAAAGUAGACCAAAUGUGUGACCACAGUCUAGAGUUGAAAGAUGUUUUUUUUUAUUAUUAUUAAACAUGACAGCUAAAUCAAGUUUUGUAUUAGUUUUAUAGGGCACAGUUUAGGUCAGAGAAUGAAAGUUCAAUAUAACUUGUUUAUUUUACAUUGAUUAAUUGUAUAACCAGUUAUUAUCCAUGUGACAUCCCAAUGCAAAUGCUGACAUCCUUUUCCAAAAGAGUUGUUUUUUUUGUGCUUUUUCAAAGGUUAAAAAGGUUUUUGUGGUUUAAAUGUUGUUACAUAUUUUACAGCAUUAGGAUCUAUGGAAUAUUUUGACAACUGCAACAGUUCAAUGAAGUUGCAAGGAGUGAAUAAUGCUGAAAAAUUUGACUAUGUGAUGCAGUUUUUGAAUAAGAUGGCUGGUAAUGAAUAUGUUGGAUUCAGUAAUGCGACGUUUCAGUCUGAAAGAGAAAGUGGAGAUCGAAAUUUUGCAAUAGGAUAUUACUUAAAAGAAAAAAAGUGUUUUCCAGAAGGCACAGACAUGGUUGGUAUAUUAGACUUCUACUUCCAGCUGUGCUCCAUUGAAGUAACUUGUGAAUCAGCCAGUGUGAUGGCUGCGACACUGGCUAAUGGUGGUUUCUGCCCAAUUUCUGGUGAAAGAGUACUGAGCCCUGAGGCAGUUCGAAAUACAUUGAGUUUGAUGCAUUCCUGUGGCAUGUAUGAUUUCUCAGGGCAAUUUGCUUUCCAUGUUGGUCUUCCUGCAAAAUCUGGAGUUGCUGGGGGCAUUCUUUUAGUUGUCCCCAAUGUCAUGGGUAUGAUGUGCUGGUCUCCUCCUCUGGACAAGAUGGGCAAUAGUGUUAAGGGAAUUCACUUCUGUCACGAUCUUGUUUCUCUGUGUAAUUUCCAUAACUAUGAUAAUUUGAGACACUUUGCAAAAAAACUUGAUCCUCGAAGAGAAGGUGGUGAUCAAAGGGUAAAGUCAGUGAUAAACCUUUUGUUUGCGGCGUACACUGGGGAUGUGUCUGCACUUCGAAGAUUUGCUUUGUCAGCCAUGGACAUGGAACAGCGGGACUAUGACUCUAGAACAGCACUGCAUGUAGCUGCUGCAGAGGGUCAUGUUGAAGUUGUUAAAUUUUUGCUGGAAGCCUGCAAAGUAAAUCCUUUCCCCAAAGACAGGUGGAAUAACACUCCCAUGGAUGAAGCGCUGCACUUUGGACACCACGAUGUAUUUAAAAUCCUCCAGGAAUACCAAGUCCAGUACACGCCUCAAGGAGACUCCGACAAUGGAAAGGAAAAUCAAACCGUCCAUAAGAAUCUGGACGGAUUGUUAUAACGGUCUUAAUCCCAAGAUUUAAAUCACUUACCUAUUUAAUUCUGGAAAAUUAUUAUGAAGAACGUGUGUAUUUCUAUCUGGUAGUGAUGUAUAUUUUACAACAUUUGUCAUUUCAGUGUUACUGGAGUUUUCUUCAUUGUAGGCACAGGACAAAUCUGAUCUCUUUGGGAAAAAAUAGAAAUAAAAAAAUCUCCCUCCAUAAUGUGAGCAAUAUUUACCUCGUGCAUUGUAUAAUUUGAUGUAAAAGAAAUAGUUACCAAUGCUAGCUUAACUGUGUGACCUUCAUCACUUAUUUUUGUGUGUUUUGUGAAUUUUCAAGUUAUGGUGAUGAUCUGCUGAUAUGCAUUUACAAAUUAAGCUCUGUUGUGCAGUCUGUCCAGAUGGGUCAAGGCUGUCUUUAGAAGCAAAAUAGUGUGAUUUUCAUGACUUCAAAUAUAGAUUUAGUUUGAGUGUUUGAACAACUAUAUGCUCGUGUGUUGAAAAUGUCUCCCACACUCUAGCUUCAUGAUGUGACUCUUUAUAAUAGUUAACAACUGUCCGUAGGAUAGACCAAUUCUGAUUAGACUUUAUCAGGGAAUCUGUUUAAGAUAUGUUUGGUGACCAAAAUAUAUGUGUGAAUGUAGUUAUAAUACUUUUGAAAAAAAUUUCCUUUUUCUAUAUCCCCUUCGUCCAGCCUCUCUUCCCAGACUUGAGCUAUUUGCCUCUGUCCUUUAGUUGGGGAAGUGGGUGCUGGCAUACUAUGCAGUUUUCAUGUUCUCCACAGUAAGUCAGAAAAGGCCUUGUAUUUCUGGCAUCUGAGUUACAACUAUGCUGUUUGUCACAGUAGAUGAAGCAGAGACAAAUUACUGAGUACAAAUCAGUCAAAUGCAUCAGCCUAAAGAAGGAAGGCAAGUGCUACUGCAGAUCUUUAGGAAGAUAUUUUUCAGCUUCCAGGAUAAAGAUAAGAUAAAUUCAGAAGUGCUCUAGGCUACCAAAGUUAUCAUGAUGGUAUGGGAACUGCUACAAAUAAUAUUUGUUUUUAAACCUGGCAUUAAAGGUCUGCCUCAAGCUAUUUGUUCUAUUUGGAGGACCACUAAAUCACUCCAGUUUUCUCCCGAUUCUCUAUUGUGUAAUUUUUGGUGGCUCUAUAAUUUAAUAAUAAGAAAAGGCCGUUUCAUUUUAAAUUGAGAGCCAUCAUUUGUCUUGGGGAGGAACUGUACAUAUACUGCUUCCUGUCAUACCUCUGAGGUAAAGGGGUAUGUUACUGAGGAUUUCUGAUAUGAAGCACACCUAGGCACACACACACACAUAAAUGGACUUCUUUGAAGCUGUGUGUAGUGGAACAAGCAGAAUCGUCAACUACACGAAUGUGAGUUGUUAUAGUAAUAUAGCGCACUCCUUUGUUUUCUUUUCUGCAAGCACACACUGCUACUUCCCAGCUUUAUCACGCCCGUGGCCCCUUUCUCACCUGGCAGCCUCCAAGUGUUCUGAUUUGCUUCCAGUCUAAAUCAGUGGCUUCAGCCAUUGCCCUCCUGUUACCUAGACAGCACCUCCUUUGGUGGAACCAUGGCCGGUAUUCCUUAACUGAGCUGUAUCAGGCACAAAGCCUUUCCCGUGUGUGUGUUUCUGUGGGGAAUAUGGUGGGUGAGGGACCAGCCCUGCUGUUGUGUCCCUGCCCCAUGGAUCAGUCUAUCAAGCCAUGUAGGCAGGUAGUAUUUGCAAAAUGCUGAAGAGGAACAGCAUUAUCCCCAAAGAUAUUAUGGAGUAGACACUCUUUAAUUGAAAUCAAUUGAAAUAACCGAUCAAAUAGCAGCUUGCAUUUUUGUGACUAAAAUGAAACAUUAAGACGGUUCAAUUGUGUGGCUUGAAGAUUACCAAUGAUUUUAAGGCUUUUCUCUAAUAAAAAGAGGUUCUAACUAUUAUUUGGGAACAAUGAGAGUUUUCAUCUUUUCUCAGAUCAGAACUAUUUUUUAAAUCUUUGUGGUUUAGUUAAAUGUGUCCUUAUUUACCCAUGAGGUUAUUUAUGACUGCCAGUUCCUGCUCUGGCUGCGUGCUGUGGGCUGGUGAUAAUGAGCACACUUGGUUUAAAUGCUUUGGACUGUGCGGUUAACUCUGCCACCAGUAUACUCCAAAGAUCUUUUUGUUCUGGCCUGAGGAUUAUAUGUGCUUUUUUGUAUCGUGAGAGCUCUAUAUGGUCAUGUUUAUUUAAAGCUCUGUAGACAUUGUUGUUUUUGCUGGUCCCAGUUCUGAUGAUCUCAUCUUUGGGUGUACUGUGCUGUCCCCACUGCUGCCCCACGCUGCCCUUUAGCUGCGAGCUGGAUCAGCUGUCAACCAUGUGAUGCUGUUGUCUGUCUGGCAAGGACUGAAUGACCUGACGCUGGGUUUAGAUUCUUCCUGGGGAUUAUAUAGCUAUGAAUGUAUUUGCUUCCAGAACCUCCCAAAGUGAAUCUAAUUUUAAAACUAUAAGUUGUAAGUAUUCUGAAAUUGGGAAAUAUUUAUUUUAAAUGAAAUCAGGUAAUGUUGCUUUUUACAGUGUAAUAAAUAUAUGUAUCAAAAAACACUGUGAAAUAU